UGGAAAUAUUUUGCUAUGACAUAGGACAUUCCACGAUUGUGCGAAAUGAUCAACUCAUCAAUCAUCAUGUUGAUUAAAUUUGAGAUUGAAACUCGUCAAUGCAUAAAUGACCCCCCAUAUUUUCGGAUCAAAGAAAAACGAAGAAAUUAGCGCUAAUAAACCGCCACAAAUGCAUAUCUAUAAAUAGCACAAAAGCCCAGAUACUCUUGUUCAAGUUCACUCUCUCAAAGAUGAAGAUGAAGAUGAAGACGAUCGUGAUGAACGUGCUUUUUUGCCUUUUCUCUCUUCUUGCUACCUCAUCCGCCCACGUUGUUGCGCCCAUUCUCGACGAUUCGGAUCUCAACCGGAGCAGUUUCCCGCCAGGUUUCGUUUUCGGAACAGCUUCUGCAGCAUACCAGCAUGAAGGUGGUGCAAGGGAAGGUGGAAAAGGACCCAGUGUGUGGGAUACUUUCACUCAUAAACAUCCAGAAAAAAUAGCAGGUGGAGCUAAUGCAGAUGUAACUUGCGACCAAUAUCAUCGAUAUAAGGAGGAUGUUGGAAUCAUGAAGAAUAUGAACUUGGAUGCUUAUAGAUUCUCCAUUUCUUGGGCUAGAGUACUACCAAAAGGAAAGCUUAGCGGAGGUGUAAACCGUGAAGGAGUAAACUACUAUAACAACCUCAUCAAUGAGCUACUGGCUAAUGGUGUGAAACCAUAUGUAACCCUUUACCAUUGGGAUAUUCCUCAAGCCUUAGAAGAUGAGUAUCGCGGUUUAUUGAGCCCUCGCAUUGUAAAAGACUUUAGGGACUAUGCUGAACUUUGCUUCAAGGAAUUUGGUGAUAGGGUGAAACAUUGGAUUACUUUGAAUGAACCAAGUAGUGUGAGUCGGCAUGCCUAUGGAAAUGGAAGGUUUGCACCAGGUCGGUGUUCUGCUUGGCUAAAGCUGAACUGCACUGGUGGCGAUUCGGGGACAGAGCCAUAUUUGACUUCGCAUUACAUGCUUCUUGCUCAUGCUGCUGCUGUCAAAGUGUACAAGACCAAGUAUCAGGCAUCUCAAAAGGGUUUAAUAGGGGUUACCAUAAAUACUGAAUGGUUUGUGCCGGCAACUCAAGCGAAAUCAGAUGUUGAUGCUGCACGACGUGCCCUUGACUUCAUGUUUGGAUGGUAUAUGGAUCCUCUCACAAAAGGUGAAUAUCCAAAAAGUAUGCAAUCUUAUGUGGGAAAACGGCUACUGAAGUUCACUCAAGAAGAAGCCAAGCUAGUUAAGGGGUCGUUUGAUUUUCUGGGCCUAAACUACUACUCAUCCUUUUAUAUUGCCAAUGCACCUCACCUACGUGGCGCAGGACCAGCCCAACAAUUUGAUGCUCUUGUUAAUAAAACAAAUCAAAUAAACGGCAAGGCCAUUGGUCCCUUGGCUGCUUCAGACUGGUUAUCCAUUUAUCCGCGAGGAUUUCACCAACUAUUGCUUUUCAUCAAACAGGAGUACAACAAUCCUGUAAUUUACAUUACUGAAAAUGGUUAUGAUGAGUACAACGAUCCAACACUAUCAAUUGAAGAAUCCCUCUUGGACACUUACAGAGUUGAUUACCUUUAUCGUCACCUUUACUAUGCUCAUAAAGCAAUCAAGGAUGGUGUGAAUAUAAAGGGAUAUUUUGUGUGGUCACUGUUGGAUAAUAUGGAAUGGGACUCUGGCUACACUGUGCGAUUUGGACUUAACCUUGUGGAUUUCAAAAAUGGCUUAAAACGAUACCCAAAAAUCUCAGCCCGUUGGUUCAAGAAUUUCCUCAAUAAAAAUUAGUGGAGGUUUGUUUUUAUGAAUAUGUCUACUUCCACAAUAUUAGAGAGUUCUGUUUAUAAUAACUACUUGUGAAGAAGUUUAGUUCUGUUAAUAGAUCACAUGUAAUUAGUUUACUAGUAUAUAAAAGUCAUGUAUGUUCAUUUGGUUCAAUAAGAUAAUAGAAACAAGUUUUCCUCUU